AUGUCCAACAAGGGGAAGGCUGUGGCUGAUCUCGUUAAAAAUUGCAGCUUUAUUGCUGCCAAAGCACUCUUCAGCUCGCCACAAUUGACUAAACCCUGCACUACUCACAUUGCACUCUCCCUUGCUCCUUUACACUACGUUAUCCUUGUGGGUACCUAUGGAAUGCCUAGCUACUCGAUUCCCGUUACCAAAUGA